GCAGCCUCGCAGCCCCGCGGCCCCCGAGGCAUGGCCUGGAACACCAACCUGCGCUGGCGCCUGCCGCUGGCCUGCCUGCUCCUGCAGGUGGCCAUGGUGGUCCUCUUCGGCGUGUUCGUGCGCUACCAGCCCGACGCCGACCCCCACUGGGCCGAGGAUCUGAAACGCAGGAACCUCUCCAGCGACCUGGACAAUGAGUUCUACUAUCGCUACCCCAGCUUCCAGGACGUGCACGUGAUGAUCUUCGUGGGCUUCGGCUUCCUCAUGACCUUCCUGCAGCGCUAUGGCUACAGCUCCGUGGGCUUCAACUUCCUGCUGGCGGCCUUCGGCAUCCAGUGGGCGCUGCUCAUGCAGGGCUGGUUUCACUCCUUCCACGACGGCUACAUUCUCGUGGGCGUGGAGAACCUCAUCAACGCGGACUUCUGUGUGGGCUCCGUCUGCGUGGCCUUUGGGGCAAGUUUGGGCAAAGUCAGCCCUGUCCAGCUGCUCAUCAUGACUCUCUUCCAAGUGACCCUCUUCUCGGUGAAUGAGUUCAUCCUGCUGAGCCUGCUUGAGGUGAAGGACGCCGGGGGCUCCAUGACCAUCCACACAUUCGGUGCCUACUUUGGGCUCACAGUGGCCUGGAUCCUCUACCGACCCAACCUGUACCAGAGCAAGCAGAGGCAGAGUCCUGUGUACCACUCGGACCUCUUUGCCAUGAUCGGCACCCUCUUCCUGUGGAUGUACUGGCCCAGCUUCAACUCAGCCGUGUCCAGUCACGGAGAUGCCCAGCACCGAGCUGCCAUCAACACCUACUGCUCCCUGGCAGCCUGCGUGCUGACCGCGGUGGCGCUGUCCAGCGCCCUACACAAGAAGGGCAAGCUGGACAUGGUGCACAUCCAGAACGCCACGCUGGCCGGAGGGGUGGCCGUGGGCACCGCCGCCGAGAUGAUGCUCAUGCCCUACGGCUCGCUCAUUGUCGGCUUCAUCUGCGGCAUCGUCUCCACCCUGGGCUUUGUGUACCUGACGCCAUUCCUGGAGUCCCACCUACGGAUCCAGGACACGUGUGGCAUCCAUAACCUGCAUGGGAUCCCGGGCAUCAUCGGUGGCAUCGUGGGUGCCGUGACGGCGGCCUGCGCCAACAGUGAAAUUUAUGGACAGGAAGGGCUUGCUCAUGCCUUUAACAUGGAAGGUUUCAACGGGAACUGGUCCCCAAGCUUGCAGGGCUGUUUCCAGGCCGCAGGCAUCUUCGUGUCCCUGGCCAUGGCUCUGGUGGGCGGCGUCAUUGUGGGAGUCAUUUUGAAAUUACCAAUCUGGGGACAAGCUGCUGAUGAGAACUGCUUUGAGGAUGCCAUUUACUGGGAGGUGCCCGAGGAGGAGAAGAACCACGCCUCGCAUCCUGAGGACUCUACCCUCAAGCCACCAGAACCUUAA